AAAAAUAUUAUUUCGAUCAAAAAUAUAAAUUUUAUUUUCCAUACUAUAUUUCUAAAAUAAUUUUCCUAUAAAUUCAGCUCGGCCUAAGCGGUCUUAUCCUAGUGAACGUAUUAAUAUGUUAAGCAAGCCCAUAUAUAUAAUAAGCAAGCCUAUGAGGGGACAAUUUCUAAAAGGCCCAUAAACCGCACAUCACGGUGGCUGCAACGUUGAGUCAACGCGGUCAACGUCCAACACUUGCGUUUUUGACUAUUGUUUUACUUUACAAAGAUUUCUCUAUCUCUCUGAGGCUCUCCACGAUGAAGCACAAAGUCUCCAAGAGAGUAAUCUCUCUCAAAUGGGUUACGUUCAUCUGCAUCUCCUUCUUCGUCCUCGGAGCAAUCUUCACCUCAAAGUUUCAUAAAGCUUCCACCUUUAUCCUUGUACACCGUCUUCUCCAGUCUUUCUUGUUCGAUUUUCGUUGAUGGAGAUUUUUGCUUCGUGAAUUGUUUCAGGUCAUGGGAGCCGUCGUCUGAUUCCGGAAGCCAACUAACCUCACAGCGCCGUCGUGAUCAUGAACUCCAGAUUGUAUCAGACGAUUGUGCUCAUAAGAAAGUAUGCUUCUUGAUUCAAUUUAGUGAAGAGCGAGUGAUUCUUGAUUGCGUAGUGGUGGUGAACUGAAGAUUUUAGUUUUUUUACCAUAAUGAUAGAAAAAAACUAACUACUUAUAGGUGAUGAUAUUGGGCUUCGUAUAGGCCCAUUGGAUAUACUUCGAAUUCUAAAAGGCCUUCUUCUUCCUUAGAACUAACGCCAUUUCUUCUGGGAUCAAAUAACGUUUGCGUCUGGAUUGCAAAGUCAACGGAAUCAUGGAAGAGGUGAAGAAGAAGUACGUGUACUCGGUGUGGGCAUUGCCCGACGAGGAAACGGAGCCGCGGUUCAGAAAGCUAAUGGAAGCUCUGAGAUCCGAGUUCUCUGGCCCAAGAUUCGAUCCUCACGUCACCGUCGUCGGAGCCACGAGUCUGACGGCAGAAGAAGCGAAGAAGAUGUUCGAAUCAGCUUGCGACGGUCUGAAAGCUUACACCGCCACCGUAGAUCGCGUCUCCACCGGAACUUUCUUCUACCAAUGCGUUUUCUUGCUUCUCAAAUCCACCCCAGAGGUAAUGAAAGCUGGUGAGCACUGUAAGAACCAUUUCAAGUGUUCCACUACAACACCUUACAUGCCGCAUCUGAGUCUGCUUUACGCCGAGUUAGAUGAAGAAGGGAAGAAGAAAGCGCAGGAGAAAGCUUACACACUCGAUAACAGCCUCGAUGGACUGAGUUUCCGGUUAAACCGACUUGCUCUCUGCAAAACCGAUACAGAAGAUAAGACUCUCGAGUCAUGGGAGAAAGUGGCUGUGUGUAAUCUCAAUCCUUGAGAAAAAUAAAAAGACUAAAAGUUGGGUUCUGAGUCUGUAGUAAAAGGUCUCAAUAUACUUUGCUUAAGAACUGUGUACCCAUCUCUUCUUUACUCAUCGAAUAAAAUUACGAUACUAAUUCGCGGCA